GCGCGGAGGAGGAGCUGUCAAAGUUUACAGCCAAGCCGAGCGAGUUUUCUCAAGAAGACGAGACGGCAAGAUCUCUGAACACUGAGAACCCCUUGAAAGAAGAGCCCUUCUAACUAUGGAGUGAAGUCUGAGAGGCUUUACACAUAAGAAAUGGCAGGACCAACUGAGUUCGGAUUGUUUUUUACCUUACUGCUCUCAUGGAGCUUCUGCGCGACGCCGGAAAAGAAAGUGUGUCAGGGAGCGAACAACAAACUGGCUCUUCUAGGAACAGUGGAUGACCAUUAUCAGAUUCUGGUAAAAAUGUACAGCAACUGCACCGUCAUUCUGGAAAACCUGGAAAUCACAUAUAUGACAGAAAAACAUGACUUGUCCUUUCUCAGGAGCAUCCAAGAAGUUGGUGGCUAUGUUCUUAUUGGGAUCAACACGGCUCCUAGAAUCCCUCUUGAGAAUCUGCGCAUCAUCCGUGGCCACUCUCUUUAUGACGACAAAUAUGCUUUAACUGCCCUCCUGAACUACAACAACAGCAUCGGACAAGGCGUGAACCAGUUGCCACUAACUAGCUUAACUGAAAUACUGAAGGGUGGGAUUAAAUUUGCCAGUAACGAUCAUUUAUGUAACGUGGAGACCAUCCAGUGGACUGACAUUCUGAACAUGAAGAGCCAGCCUAAAAUCAAAGAGGAAUCAAACUCAGCAGAACACUGUAAGAAGUGUGACCGGAGCUGUUACAAUGGGUCCUGUUGGGGCCCUGGUCCCCAAAACUGCCAAAAAAGAUUUACACAAGCUUCUGGAUCCAGACCACCUGAGAAGAGAUGA